AUGUCGACCGUUUUGAAGCAUCAUCUGCUGGGUUCCAUCACUGGCAUUAAGGACCAGAUUGUGGCCCAGUAUCGUGGGAUCAAAUAUGGCAAAUUGGAAAAUGCAUUCGCAGAGGCUGUCAUUUUCACAAACGAGGAGCGCAAGGACAUAGAUGCUACUGAAUUUGGUCCCCCAACGAUAUCACCACCAGCUUGUGGAGUCGAACAAGCCAUGAUGCAACAGCCUUUACCUUACAAGGACAUAAGUCCAUCCCUCACGGACUGCCUGAACCUCAACAUCACAGUUCCAGAGAUUGGAAAAAACAGCCUUCCCGUCUUUGUCUUCCUUCAUGGAGGAGGGUAUGCUAUAGGUGCCAAUUCCUGGCCGCAAACAGAUCUGGUGAAUUUCGUCAAGUUCUCAGCCUCACAGGACUCGCCUAUUAUUGGUGUUAGCAUCAAUUACCGGCUGGGGGCUCCAGGAUUUCUUGCCUCUGAUGAAUUGACUCAAGCCGGUUGCCCAACCAAUCGUGGCCUACGCGACCAGCAGCUUGCAUUUGGAUGGGUAAAGAAGUAUAUAUCAGGUUUCGGGGGCGACCCAGACGACGUGACUGUUAUCGGGUCGAGUGCAGGUGGAAAUGCUGCCUUGCUCCAUCUUGAGUCGUCUGAGCCGCUGUUUUCAAGGCUUAUCAGCCUUGCUGGCACACCACUUGGACUUCAGCCAGUCCCUCCUGAAGUUGCAGACUCCACAUACCAAGCCGUCUUGAAGCACCUGAACAUCAACGGUUCUUCAGCUCAAGAGAGGAUAAACGCAUUACUCCUGGUACCCCCGCAAGAUCUCUUUCAGAAGAUACCCCCUCACCUUCCACUCUGCCCAGUGGUCGAUGGUGAUGUCGUGAAGCAUUUCAGCACCUUCAAGUUCUGGAGUGUUGAAGCGAAAGACAAACUCCCAGGGGCUAAGUGGUGCCAGAGUAUUAUGAUUGGAGAUGCACAGAAUGAUGCAAGUGUUCUGCCUUCCAUCCUCGGUCAGCGCAUGGAAAACCUGGUUCCAAGCUUUGUAGCCAGCGUUGAGGAGUUCUUUAAGGAUGAACCACAAUUCGUGGAACAAUUGUCCAAGGCAUAUGACAUCCGCGAUCCUGACCAUCAAAAGGCCACAGCUGCUAUAAUGGAUUUUCUGGGCGACUUGUUCUUCUUUGCGCCUCCGGUGGAGAUAGCAGAUGGCUUCCCAGGCAAAAAGUAUGUCUAUCGUUUUAACGUCCCCAAUCCAUGGGACGGUCCCUGCAAAUCGACAGCGAACCAUGCUUUCGACGUGGCAUCUUUUCUCUUAAACUAUCGUGCAAAGCUCCCCAAAGAACAACUAGACUCGAGUGUUAUAAUGGCUACUGACUUCAUCAACUUUAUUCAUGGGAGGGAGCCAUAUCCUGAAUAUACCCCUGGAAAAGGAGGGAUCAGGGUCUAUGGACCCCCGGCUGAUAUUUACUCGUUUGAACCGUCUCUUGAUGGUGAUGCAACUGGCCGUCGUGUCCACGUGCUAAAACUGGGAUUGAAGAUUGGUUUGGACAGAUUCACAAGAUGGUGGCAUAGCUUUUUAGCUUCUGAGUAG